UACCAACCAACCCAACCAGUACAUCUUCGCUCGCCGUCAAAUGUAGAUGACCGAUCGAAACCUCCGGGAGACCGCGCGGAAAACCUAACUUAGAACCAUCAUCAAACUCAGCAGAGUGCUCUCUCAGUGUGCAUCUUCCUUAGAUUUUUUAUACUCGAAUCGAAAACUUGGUACAUCUUGAAGAGUCAGUGUUCAUACGACGACGACGACGCGGCAGAUCGUAGUAGCCUUCGUGUGUCAGAAAUUACACUUUUAAUUCAAUCAUCGAAACCCGCGACAAUCCCGCAGUCAAAGCCAACAACCACCCGCGGACCUCCGAAGCAUGGCAUGGCGAUUUAAGGCCUCGAAAUACAAGAACGCAGCCCCGAUUGUUCCCAAACCGGAGGUAUGCAUUCGGGACAUUUGCGUGGGUUCGUACCAGACCUAUGGUAACAACAUUGCGGCGUCGGCCGCAUUCAUCGCCUUCAACUGGGAACAUGUGGGCUCCAGCGUGGCCGUUCUGCCCAUCGAUGAUUGUGGUCGGAAGAGCAAAACCAUGCCACUGCUGCACGCACACACCGACACGGUGACCUAUCUGGACUUUUCCCCGUUCCACGACGGUUUGCUGGCGACCGGAUCGCAGGACUGCCUGGUCAAGGUGUGGCACAUACCGGAGAAGGGUCUGGAGAACUCGAUAUCGAAUCCGGAGUGUUCGUUCUCGACGAAACAGCGGAGGGUCGAGACGGUCGGGUUCCAUCCUACGGCCGAUUGUCUGUUGUACUCAACGGCCGUUGGAUGUGUCAGUCUGUGGGACUUGACCUGCCAGCAGGAAUCGUUCUCGAACAACCAACAUCCGGAAGUGAUUCAGUCGCUGAGUUGGAAACAGGACGGCAAAGUCUGUGCGACCAGCUGUAAGGACAAAAUGGUUCGUAUCCUGGAUCCGCGAGCGGAGACACCAAUCUCGAUGAUUGCCGAGAGUCACCAAAGUAUCAAGGACUCCCGAGUGGUGUGGUUGGGUGAUCAGAAUCGGAUUCUGACCACAGGGUUUGAUGCCGCUCGGUUGAGGCAGGUCAUCAUCAGGGAUUUGAGGAACUUCUCGGUGCCGGAGAAGACGCUGGAGUUGGACUGUUCGACCGGAAUCCUGAUGCCGCUGUUUGACCCGGAUACGAACAUGCUGUUCCUAGCGGGUAAGGGCGAUACCACGAUAUCUUACUUGGAGGUGACGGACAAGGAUCCUUAUCUGAUCGAGGGAAUACGACACUCGGGAGAGCAGACCAAGGGUGCCUGUUUGGUGCCGAAGAGAGCCCUGAGGGUGAUGGAGGGCGAGGUGAACCGUAUUAUGCAGUUGACGUCCAACUCAGUGAUACCUAUCAUGUACCAAGUGCCGAGAAAGACUUACCGAGAUUUCCACAGUGACCUGUAUCCCGAUACCAAUGGGUUCAAAACGGAGUUGACGGGGACACAAUGGCUCAACGGAGUCAACAUGGCCGUUCAAAAGAUCAGUCUGGAUCCUGCGAAGCGAGAACUCGGUGACCAGCCCAUCAUUGUUCUGAGAGGUAACCUAAACGAAGUAGUCAAGAACAUUGCCAACAAGUCGAAAACGGCAUGCACCACGCCCAACAGCACGGCGGCCAAAAUCGACAAAGAAGCCUCGAUCGUAAAGCCCACGUUCGUCCCGAUCAAGGACAAGAUCAAACAGAUGGAACAGCAGUCACACAGCGAGAAGAGCGAGUUUGAGCAGAAGUUUAAAGAGGUGACCUCGAACAAGCACGUCGAGAAUGCCAACAUAGUUAUCGAACCGAAGCCUUGCUACCACGAAAGCGAAAGCAACGGCAAUCAUGCGGAACAGUUCGGAAGUGACGACCAGGAUGGCAGUAUGGACGAUCCGAUUCAAACAGGAGAGGUAACACCUCCGAAGCCACUGCCGAGGACAUCCCGCAACAACUCCGUAACCGAUCCACCGGUGGGAUGCGGCGAUGAAGUUCCAGUUGUACCGGCACCGCGUCCGGUAGCAAGACCCAGAAUGUCCACCACAGGAUACAAGCCCCGCCUUGGUCCGAAGCCAUUCAGCAGCACGGGGUCUUCGGGAGACUUCUCCUUCGACAAGGUGUUCAACGUCCCUCAGGCUCCCGGCUCGGAAAACGGUGAUUCGCAGAAGGACUCGAACGAUAACACCCAGGAGAACAGUCUGGUGUCCAACGGAAGCGUAGAGGAAACUCACGAAAAUGGCAACUGCAAAGAACCGGAAGCAUUCGCAGAGAUGACUACGGAAGAGGUCGUCAUACGGCCUAAGGUCACGCCCGACGAAGACGACAAACCUCGGAUCAUCUCCACCGCGGAACGAAGAAAGUCUGGAGAUCGAGAAAAGAUUUUCGAAUCGAAGGUUUCCACGGAAUCGGAGGAUCAGUUUGAUGCCUCAGUGGAUGAUAAGCCGAGUCAGUUUGAACGACUAAGCGGACAGCGAACGAGUAUUGCCGAGCGAAGGCGAAUGUACGAAAAUCGAUCGCAGAGUGUCCAAGAGGAAAAGCCAGCAUCACCAGUUCCUCUCAGACGCCGGGAGUCGCUCAAGGUUCGCGGCGAACAAUCCAAAACCGACGAAGAAAUCAUGCCUCCGCCUUCCAGCGUGGAGUUCACGCGUAACCGCAGCGACCUGUGCAAGGAAAAUCUUCCCGCGGACAUCAACAAGCGCAACAACGCCAACUCGGCCAACACCACGUCCAAACGAACGUCAACGGUGUUCGGAAGGGUGUCCAAGUUCCGGCACCUGAAGGGAACUCCCGGUCACAAGUCUACGCACAUUGAGAACAUCCGCAACCUCAGCCGGCAGAUCCCCGGCGAGUGCGACGGCUUCCAAGCGAAUCCGGAACGCGUGGCCGUGCCGAUCUCCGGGGCCGGUGGCAAGAUUGCAAUAUUCGAGCUCAGCAAACCGGGACGCCUUCCGGAUGGGGUGAUCCCAUCGCUGGUUAACGGAAACAACAUUAUGGACUUCCAGUGGGAUCCCUUCGAUAACCAGAGGCUGGCGGUGGCGUGCGAUGACGGUUGCGUCAAGAUUUGGGCAAUCCCGGAAGGAGGCCUUACGGAACCGACUAACGAACCGGAACAAGAGUUGGUAGCCCAUUCGGAUAAGAUCUACAUCGUGAAGUACCACCCGCUGGCGAAGAACGUCUUUCUCACGGCAAGUUACGACAUGACGCUGAAGAUCUGGGACUUGGAAACGCUGACCGAGAAGUACUGCCUGAAGGGACACACGGACCAAAUCUUCAGCACGGCCUGGAGUCCUUGCGGGACGUACGUGGCCACGGUGUCCAAGGACGGUAAACUCAGGGUGUACAACCCCAGAAAGUCAGAUGUACCCAUUAGGGAGGGAACUGGACCGGUGGGAACCCGCGGAGCUCGUUUGGUGUGGGCCAUCGAAGGGGAAUACAUCGUUGUGACAGGAUUUGACAAAGUUUCCGAACGACAAAUCUACGUCUACAGAGCGACGGAUCUGAGCGCCCCGCUCGGAAUGGUAGGUCUGGACGUAUCGCCCGCCAUUCUGAUACCGUUCUACGACGAGGACAGUUCGACCAUCUUCGCCACCGGCAAGGGCGAUUCCACGAUCUACUGUUUCGAAAUCACCGAAGAGUCUCCGUUCAUCUGCCCCCUGUCGCACCACCGGUGCUCAUCGCUAACCCAAGGAUUGAGUUUCCUGCCCAAGAACCAGUGCGACGUCGCAUCGGUAGAAUUUGCCAAAGCACAAAGACUUACCAACGGAACGGUGGAACCGUUGAGUUUCACCGUGCCGCGCAUCAAGAGCGAACUGUUCCAGGACGACCUGUUCCCUCCGACCAAGGUCCUGUGGGAACCGACCCUGGUGGCGGCGGAGUGGUUUGCGGGUCGUGAUAAGCCCGCCCAACGGAUCAGUCUACAACCGGAGGGAAUGGAUUCGUUGUCCUCCAUUCAACCGACGGUGACGACACCGACGCCGGCCAAGAAGAGUGAUAAUAUCAACCAAAUAAUCGGUCAGCAGACGCAGUUCAACAAGGCCUGGAGUGCGGACUUGGUACGAUCCAAGCAAGACGAGAUCAAAAACUCGGUCAGUGCCCGAAUGCCCAUCAACCGAAAGCUCGAACAGGACGACAUGGAAGGCGUUGAUGAAAAGGAGUGGGAAGAAUAAAUCCCAAAACCGAAGAACACUAUAACAAACCACUACUGCAAUGUAUCAUAAGUGCGUAUGUAUGGAUAACACGUUUCUACCGAUCAAUAGCUUAGCAACCCCGCAUCGGAUAUUUUCUACCGCAUUUUAUAAAACUUCUUAUACGGAACCGAAUAGAUCGCGCAGUCAGUCAGUCGUUUCUUCUUCAAAUUCGUCUGGCACUUUAAAAAAGCGAAAACAAAACCAGUAUGGGACAGAGUAGUUGUGCAAGUCGGAUGUGCGUAAUCAACAGAGACUGCAAAAUGUGACAAAUCCAACAACCAACUGCCAAUCUCCAUGACCAACCAAGAUCGUCACGAGAAUUUUUAUCAAAACAGAUCACACCAUCAACAGUAGAAACACUAAAUACACGACGGAAAACUUCCCUUAGUCUUCGAUUUCUUGAUCAAAAAUACUAAACCAGCAUUGCAUAUCUAUAUCCAGCAGCAAGGCAAACCACUCGGUUACAAAAAUUAUUUGCAUGCGUAUUGCGUAUUGAUCGAACUCUACUCUAUACUUUAGAAGAAAAAAAUAGGGAUAACCACUAUUAUAUCGCUUUGGUGAAGCUUUGAGAUUUUGUGCAUGUGAGUGCCCAUCCCCGCGAAAGGGAGGCGCCACCCUUAUUGGAAGCUAGUCAAGUGAACAAUGCUCAAAACCAAUCUUUGUAGGUGUAGUAGUAACGCGUAUGGAUUAACCUAGGAAAGUCGCAAACUUAGAGAAUGACAAACAAACAACCUUACGAGAACAAUCGAACAGUCUGUGUGUGUAUGGUGCAAAGAAACAAAAAAAAAACAGCCAGCGCACAAAAUCAUCUAUCUAGAUAGACGGCAAGUCUGUGGAAAGAACUUCUGUAGAUUAUAAUAUUAUAUUCGUUUGUUUUAAACUGUGCUACGUAUUUAUUAUCCCUGACAAUUCUGCGUAACGAUUGUGAUGAUUUCAUGUUUAGGAACGUUCGCACAUACACACUCCAACGUGCGUAUUGUUUAUAGUGAUUUCUAUUUUUUAGCGAUUACGGAUAGAUUUUUAGGUGCGUGCCAUUCAUUGUCUCUUUCUGUUUUGUGCUUACAUUCGUUAUAAGAUUUCGAUGCUUUCAGUUGAUGACCUAAGUAUAUUGUCAACUGACGGAAUGCGUGUUCUAAUUGCACUAAAUCUUCGUAUCACAUCAGAAUAUAGAUUACAUAAUAAGCAAAAUAAUUAUUUACAAAGCUCGGGACAGGCUGGCAGGCGGAACCUUGAUUUACAAAUAGAUUGAAGAAACGUGAUUCCUUCAAGUGGACCAUUCCGCGGCAGAACACAAGCCCGUAUUUUUCUUUUGAAAAACAAAUGAAGAUCUCUAUGAUAUUUUUUUUUUUUUUUUUUUAACUGUAUUAACGAGAUUUUUAGCCCUAAGGCUAGUUCAUCUCGGGACCCACGCUUUACUUCCCUUCCGAAGGAAGAACUCACAUUUUGCGAGUUUGUCGGGAGUGGGAUUCGAUCCCAGGUCCUCGGCGUGAUAGUCAAGUGUUCUAACCAUCACACCAGAUCCGCUCCACAUCUCUAUGAUAGUUGUAGUUAUUGACUUUGUUCGACUUUUGUUCUAAUUUCAAAAUCUUUACAUAACAGAAAACUAGAUUCAGUAUCCCUAGAAUUACAACCAAAUUUUCCUAAAUUCUUUACCAUAUUUGUAUUUUAAAAACAAUAAAACCCCAAUAAUCGUGAUGAUAAGUUUUUCUUUGGAAUCCUAAAAAUGUCAUCAAUGCUUAUUGAAGACAAACAUGAAAUUGGGGUUGUGUCUUGCAGGGAUGGUCUGUUCAAGCAUUACUAUAUUUAUACAUAUUAAUCAUAAUUGUACAAUUAUUGGACUAUUAUUGAUAGGCUAUUGAAAUUUUCAACAUAAAACACAAGAAAAGACUAGAUAAUAUUCAGUUUCACGUUUCAUGACCGUCGCGAUAGGACUUCUCAAUAUUACACCAUACAAAGAAAGUAAACAGAAAUAAGUUACAUACUACUAACAGUUUAAAAUUAAUUGUUCCCUUAUAAUAAACACUAAACAUUGAAAACAAAUAUGAUAUUUGAACACUGAUGCUAUUUGAUGAGAAUGAUUCACACUGCUAAACAUACACACAUAAACAAACAAUACAACCGAACCGGAAACAAGUAAAAGGAAAACAAAACCAGAGUUCAAUCUGAACCAAAAAAAACAUCCAAGCAAAGAUGGAAGGCGUCCGCGAUGCGAUGAAGAAAAAACUCUAGCAUUUUUACACAGAACCUGGAAUACAACAGUGAAACAAUAAGUAUAUAUACAGUACAGUAUCUCUCUCUCUCUUACAUGAUAUGGCAAAGAAUGUAAUGAAAGCAACAAAAUAUACAAUUAGUAAUAAAAAAAUAA